CGGUGAGGUCAUACGCAGCGCGUGGCUGCGUGGCGAGAUGGGGCGUGCCACCUCUCUCUUCGACUCGAACCACCACUCCCAUGCCUCCCACAGAAUUCUCCCUCCGCCUGCAGCACGGCAUCACCGGCGGCUUCGCCCCGCCCACGCCCGACGCGAUCCACACCAUCACCCUCUCCGCCCACAACCCCUCCUCCCUCUUCAUCCAAUCCGCCGUCCGCCCCCCGGGCCAGCCCACGCUCCAACAGCCCCUCGCCCCCAAAUCCCUCGCCCUCUCCUCCUCCGCGCCAUCCAACACCGAAGCGCUCCUCGACGAGCUGCACGCCAUCCUCAAGGACCUGCCCACCGAGCAGCCGCCGGGCAGCGAGGACAUCUACGGGCUCGACACCAGCAUCGCGUGGGGCAGCGCCGAUCUCGAGUGGUGCAACGGCGGCCCCCAGGGGUGCGGCGGCGGACACAGCGAGGUGCAGCCGACCGACGAGCAGAAGGCCAAGUUUAGGCGCGCGGUCGACAUUGUCAACCAGCUCGUGGGCGAGGCAAAGUGAGCGGCCGGGCGGAAGGGGGAAAUUCUAUCGUGUGUAUCUUAUGUAUUGAUAUUGCUUGGGCACAUAUAAAA